CACGGUACCACCGGCACCGAGUACCGAACUACCGACUGUUGAGUGUUCUAUGGUAUGCACCGGGGAUCAUCCGAACCGAAUAACGAUAGCCUGCUGAUACACUCCGCACUCGUUUUUCGGCGUUCUGUCCGUGUGCCCACCAUAACCGGUCCGCGGCACAUGACGGGAUCGCUUUUCGUUACAACUUCCGACUCUGUUUUACAGUGUCCCGACAACGGCCGUUUUGUGAGCGCAUCUCGCGGGUCAGUGCCGAGCGCUUGCCGCGCUUUCUAAAGGACGGUGGACGCGGCACGUCGUCCAUUACCGACGACUUACCGUUACGGCGUCGCGCACUCCGGCACUCGUCUGUUUGCCGUUUUUUGGCGGUAGAGUUUUUGUACAGUAGAUCGGGAACAAAAGACCGUUUUCUUAUUCUUCGCCGUCGUCAGAGCAAUCGGGUCGUACCCGACGUACCCUGUGGUGACAAACAGGGAACCAGGAGGACUGUACAAAUAUUUAUCAUUCCACUAUGGCGCCGACUACAAGGAGAAUUGCUAGGUACGAGUUACCUAACGAGUACAAAAUAAUUGUUCUAAAAGUAUCUAAAUUUGAUGAUUUGCUACAGAUAUUAUAUGCCUGUAAUGGAGUGGCACGUAGGCCAACAGCUCGUCAAGCCAUACCCAAAAAUGUGUUAGUGGAGCUGAGCAGCAGUCAUAAUAAAGCGUGUAUGUUUUGUGGCCAAAAAGAAAUCAGUGAAAAGUUAUAUGGACUACUCUAUCAGCUCAAUGAUGUUAUUUGUCAUUAUUUUUGUAUUUUAUUAUCGUCAAGAGCCAUUCAAAAUGGUGCAGACAGGGAAGGGAUUUGGGGCUUUUUAUUAAAAGAUAUUAAAGCGGAACUAACUCGAGGAUCCAAAGAAACUUGCUUUUAUUGCAAGAAGAAGGGUGCAACUAUAUCAUGUUGUGGAGCAAAAUGUCGAAAAGUGUUUCAUCUUCCUUGUGGAUUGAAAAAUGGAUCUAUGCAUCAAUAUUUUCAGUCAUUUAAAUCGUUUUGCCAACAGCAUCGAAUUACGCAGGCCAUAGAUUUAGCAGAGUUACAAAAUUCUGCUCCUGUACAAUGUGCUAUUUGUAAGGAUGAUGUAAUACCGUCUCCUUUACCUACUUCUAUUUGGGCUCCGUGUUGCAAGCGUAAUGCAUGGUUUCAUCGAGGAUGUAUUCAAGAUCUGGCAUUAAGUGCCGGUUACUUUUUUAAAUGCCCAUUAUGCAAUAAUGUUGAAAAUUUCAAGUCCCGGAUGCUUACUCUUGGAAUAUAUAUACCAUCACGUUACCUGAAAAAAUUAAAUAACAGGGACGCCUCUUGGGAAACUGUACCAAACGCUUUUGCUGAGCUCUUAGAAAGGCAUAGUUCGUGCAAUGCUUCAAACUGUCUAUGUCCUCAUCAAGAUAAACGAACAUUUCAACAAGAGUCUGGUUCCUGGGAGAUUAUACUUUGCCAUACAUGUGGUUCAAAUGGAACUCAUCGAUUGUGCAGUGCUAUCAAAUGUGAUCAACGCUGGUUUUGUAUAGCUUGCCAAGCUGUUGCAGAUAAUAAAACAAAGAUACCGAAAAAACGAUUAGAAUUACCUAUUCAUGGUAAUUGUAGUGGUAUUUCAGCUGUGUAUGGAGAAGAAGCAUUAUCUCAAAACAGAGGAACGUCUCAACGGCUAAAUAUUCCAAUAAUACGUAAUGUCCCUCAACCAAUAUCAGACGAUCCAAUACUUAUUUCAGAUGAAAGUAAUGAUAGCAGUAUACAGAUUGUAACUUAUAUUGAACCACCAAAACCACCUCCACAAGUUGUUCAAAUGCCUCAAAUUCGGUUGCCAAUAAUAGCUAGCUACACAUCAAUGAGCACGGGGUCUACUAGAAAUCGCUUUAAUCGUAGUUUUCCUGUUUCUUCAAACCAAUCAAAAUCAUUGACAUAUGCCAUGUCAGAAAGUAUUGAUUUAACUUUAGAUGAUGAUGAUGAAAAUAACGCAUGACAUAUGUAUGUAUAUAUAUAAUUGAAUAAUUGGACUACCGGUUGAAUUGAAUAUUUUAUAAUGUUCAGAUUGUAUACACGAUGCUUACCAUGGAGCAGAUUAUACAAUUGAA